AUGCUCUUCACGGUGGCCUUCGCCUUUACCACCGCUAUUACACUCCUCCUCGGCACUCAAAUCUUCGCAAACCCCCUGCCACAGGACUUACCGGGUGGCUCUCCCGCUCAAAUCCUUCAUCCCAAAGAACACUGUGUCAACACGCACAGUGUCAUAAGAGAUCGGUUCAAUCCGAAAGACCACUACUUUGUAGCGAACGCCUAUACAAAGCCGCCCCCUUCUACAAAUCUUCGUCGGGCCCAUGCAAAUUAUAGUUUCCCCAUCUAUGACCAAGGCCGGACAGGCUCUUGUACCGCAAAUGCUGUUACUGCAGCAUUGUGGUAUGAGGAGAACGCUGGGUUUCGUCAAAGUUUCUGGGGUACUGGAGGUCCUUCACGUCUCUUCGUCUAUUGGAUUGCCCGUGGAGCCUUCAAGAAUAAUAAACAUCACAAUGUUUUCAAUGCCACUGAUCAUGGCGCGAAAACGCGGAAUACCGUGAGAGGCAUUGCCGAAGUCGGUGUGUGCUUGGAAUUCUUCUGGCCUUUUGUCAACGAUACAGCGAUCCGAAUGAGAGUCAUUGUAGAAAGGCCCAACCUUUACGGCGAGGCUUUCGAAGACGAAGCGAAGAAACGAAGAGAUCGCGUUGUCAACGCGAAGCCAACUGCUCUUGCUUUCGAUGUUGCAGCGCAGCAUAAAUUUGCCUACUACUAUCGACUGGAUCCUGGUCGGCCAGAAGAUUUUGACAGCCCGCUGGACCAGGUGAUGAAGGAACAAGUCGGGAAAACUACCCUUGAAAACUUGAGGAAUUGUUUGGCUGAAGGCUUCCCCGUUAUUUUCAGCUUCUGGUUCUACCAAGACAUCGACAUUAUGUUCAACCAGACUUAA